UUUUUGUACACUUAUAUAAUAAGUUUUAUAAUCUUAAAAUUUUUCAAAAAUUAAGCUUGUUUAUUUUUAAAUUAACACUUUUUUUUAUUUAGAUUCUACUUAAAUAGAGCUUUUAAUUCAGUUUAUUUAAAUAAUAGGGUGUUAAAAUUGUUUGAAAUUUUGCGCAGUGAAAUCCGACACAUUGGGCCAAUCUGUUUCAAUAGAAAACUUUUUCAAAAAUUUGGUAUAUUAUGGAAAACGUGACUGCUUAUUAGAUCAGUGCAUCGGAAAAAAUAUGACCCGAAAAAUUCAUUUUUUCUACUUUUGGCUAAAUAUUCCCUUUUUAGUAACUUAUUCAUGGCAUAUUGAAUGAAAAAAAAAAAAAAUUUUUUUUUCAAAAAAAUUUUUCAAUAAAAAAAUUUCUAAAAUAACCAAAUGGGAACUAAUCUUAAUAAUUUAAAUAUCUCGGAUAAAGAUACUGAUACAAUAAAUACCAAAAAUUGUUGCAAACCACUUACUGAAGAAUUAUGGUGUAAAGAAAGUAUUAAUUCUUUAGAAAGAUCAGCAGAAAAUGGUGAUAAAGUAGCAAUGUUUAACUUAGCCAAUAGAUAUAGAGAUGGAGAAGGAACAGAAAAGGAUUUAGAAAAAGCCUUUUAUUGGUAUCAAAAAGCAGCAGAAAAAGAUCAUAUUGGAGCAAUUAAUAAUUUAGCCAUAUGUUAUUAUAAUGGAGAAGGAACAGAAGAGAAUUUAGAGAAAGCCUUUCAUUGGUUUAAAAAAGCAGCGGAAAAUGAUCAUACUGGUGCAAUGUAUAAUUUUGCCAUAUGUUAUUAUAAUGGAAAAGGAACAGAAAAGAAUUUAGAAAAAGCCUUUCAUUGGUAUCAAAAAGCAGCGGAAAAUGAUGAUAAAAAAGCAAUGAAUAGUUUAGCCAUAUGUUAUAAAAAUGGAGAAGGAACAGAAAAGAAUUUAGAAAAAGCCUUUCAUUGGUAUCAAAAAGCAGCUGAAAAUGGGGAUGAAAAUGCAUUGAAAAAUUUAGCCAUUUGUUAUUAUUAUGGAGAAGGAACAGAAAAGAAUUUAGAAAAAGCCUUUUAUUGUUAUCAAAAAGCAGCAGAAUAUGGUAAUAAAGUAGUAAUGUAUAAUUUAGCCAUAUGUUAUGAAAAUGGAAAAGGAACAGAAAAGAAUUUAGAAAAAGCCUUCCAUUGGUAUCAAAAAGCAGCAGAAAAUGGUGAUGAAAAUGCAAUGAAUAGUUUAGCCAUAUGUUAUNAUAAUGGAGAAGGAACAGAAAAGAAUUUAGAAAAAGCCUUUCAUUGGUUUCAAAAAGCAGCGGAAAAUGAUCAUACUGGUGCAAUGUAUAAUUUAGCCAUAUGUUAUGAAGAUGGAGAAGUAACAGAAAAGAAUUUAGAAAAAGCCUUUCAUUUGUAUCAAAAAGCAGCAGAAAAUUAUGGUAAUAAAUUAGCAAUGAAUAGUUUAGUAAGAUGCUACAAUAAUGGAGAAGGGACAAAUAGGAAUUUAGAAAAAGCCUUUUAUUGGAAUCAAAUAGCAGCAGAAAGUGAUAAAGCAAGUACUAAUAAUGAAGUUGAAUUAUGUAAUAACUGUAAUCAACCAUAUAUAGAUUACCAGUGGUGUCAACAAUGUAUUACUAAACGGUUUCAACAAGAUUUUUCAAAGUGGACUAGUGGAAAUGAAUUUAUUGAUAAAUUUAUUCAGGAUGCACAAUUAAAUGCUAAAAAUAGUUAUGAAAUUUUAGAAUGGAUACCUUAUAAUAAAUUGUUAAGUAUUAAUUAUUAUAAUAAAGGAGGAUUUAGUGAGAUUCAUAAAGCUAUCUGGUCAGAUGGACCUAUUUUUAAUUGGAAUUUUGAUAAACAGCGAUGGAUUAGACAAACAGAUUAUGAAGUCAUUCUUAAAAUAAUUAAUAAUUCAUCAAGUUUAAAUAAUAAAUUUUUGGAUGAGUGGAAAUAUCAUUAUAAUUGCCAGAAAAAAUCAUUUUCAAAAUUUAUUCAAUUUUUUGGAAUUACCCAAGAUCCAAAUAAUUUAAAUUAUAUAAUAGUAAUGAGUUAUGCAAAAAAAGGAAGCUUGAGAAAAUGUUUAUCUGAUAUAAUUAAAUUUAAGUGGCAAGACAAAUUACAACUAUUGAAAAAAAUUAUAUUAGGACUUAAAGUAAUACAUGAAUCAAAUUUAACUCAUGGUGAUUUUCAUGAUGGUAAUAUUUUAAUAUCAGAUAAUCACAAUGAGUUAUUCAUUAUUGAUUUAGGAUUAUGUAAACCUAUAAGUGAUUUACAAGAUUCUGAUAAUAAUGAUAAUGAAAUUUAUGGAGUUUUACCUUAUAUGGCGCCUGAAAUAUUAAGAAGUAAUCCUUAUACACCAGCAAGUGAUAUUUAUAGUUUUUCAAUGAUAAUGUGGGAAUUUACAUCAGGUAAACCUCCAUUUGGAGAUGAAGCACAUGAUCAUAACCUUAUCUUGAGUGUUUGUGAAGAAGAAAAACGUCCUGAAAUUAUAAAAAAUACUCCAAAAUGUUAUAUAGAUUUAAUGAAAAAAUGUUGGGAUUCAGAUCCUUCUAAUAGACCAACUAUAAGAAUGCUUGAAUAUAUUGUAUCUGAAUGGAUUAGAUGUAUUAAUGAAUAUUAUGAAAUAAACAAGGAUGGAAAUUAUAAAUUUUCAGUACGUAAUAUUGAUAAUCAAUUAAAAGAUGAUAUGCUUGAAUUUGUAGAAGCAAACAAAACUUUAGUACAAGAACAAGCAAAUACUUCUAUUAUGCAAUCUCAUCCACAAGCAUAUUAUACAAGUCGCAAAAUUACUAAAUUUACUGAAAUUUUAGCUCAAGAAAAGUCCGAAUUCAUAAUUCAGGAAAUCGUUCAAGAAAAGUCUGAGUGUUUUGAAUGUAUGGUUGUAGAUUAAUGAUCUUGUUCAUUAUUUAUUGAAUUAUGAAAAUAUUUAUAUUAUGUAAUUUACAAUUUUGGCAAAAAUAAAUAUUAUUAAAUACAAGUAUAAUAAUUAUUGAAUAAUGUUCGUUUAUACAAUAUUUUUAUUUUAU